AACCCUACCUUUUAAAACAAAACAAACAAACCAAACCCACUUUUCGGCUCCACGGUUUUUCAAUUUCCCCAGUAAAUUUAAUUCCCUUCCAUCUCUACUCUUCUCUCUCUCUCUCUCUCUCUAUAUUCUCUCACUCUCUCAUCAAAGUAGGUUUCUUUUGUGACGAAUGAUGAGUAGUAGAUAAACUCAAACUCUUUAACUCUCACCCAAAUAAAUUCCUCCCCCUUCUCUGCAUUCUUUUCCCAGAAAUCCAAAUCCCUAAACAAAAUCUCUUUCUCUCUCUCUCUCUCUCUCUCUGAGAUAUGGAUUCACGAGAAGGUCCUCCUUCUUCUGCUACACCUCCACAUCAUAACAUCAUGGUUAGCCACCUCCACUCUUCAUACCCAUUGCCAAACACCGCCAACAAUUCUAACAACAACAACAACAACAGCACUCCCAAUUCUUCUCACAUGAUCCCUCCUCCUUCCUCCGCCGCACGAUUCCCUUUCAACUCUUCAUCCAAGCCGUUUGAUUCGCCCCAUCACCAACAUCAGCACCAGCACCAACACCAGCACCAGCAUCACAACAAUAACAACACCACCGCCACCACCAACGCUUCCGCUAGUCCGUACGAUCACGGAUCGUCGCCUGUCGCCGGAGGAGGAGGAGGAGGUUUUAACAUUGACGGCUCUUCCGCCUCCGCCGGCAAGAAGAAGCGAGGGAGACCCAGAAAGUACUCUCCCGAUGGCAACAUUGCUCUCGGCUUGAGCCCUACCCCUCCCCCUAUCUCCUCUUCUGCCGCCGCCGCCAAUCACGGCGCCGGUGCCGACUCAAGCGGGACGGCCCCCUCGUCUGAGCCCUCGCAUAAGAAGCACCGCGGCCGCCCACCCGGUUCCGGGAAAAAGCAGUUGGACGCUUUGGGAACCGGCGGUGUCGGGUUUACUCCUCAUGUUAUUAUGGUGAAAGCGGGAGAGGAUAUAGCGUCAAAGAUUAUGGCCUUUUCACAGCAGGGACCUCGCACAGUUUGUAUUCUCUCUGCCAAUGGUGCCAUCUGCAAUGUUACCCUUCGCCAACCAGCAAUGUCGGGUGGUACUGUGUCAUAUGAGGGUCGAUUUGAGAUUAUUUCUCUAUCAGGUUCCUUUUUGCUUUCUGAAAACAAUGGUAGUCGCAGCAGAACAGGUGGUUUGAGUGUGUCCUUGGCAGGGUCAGAUGGUCGAGUAUUAGGUGGGGGAGUUGCUGGAAUGCUAACUGCAGCGACGCCUGUUCAGGUCAUCGUAGGUAGCUUUAUUGCGGAUGGGAAAAAAUCGAACCCUAAUAACCCGAAAUCUGGGCCUUCUUCAGCACCGACAUCGCAAAUGUUAAACUUUGGUGCUCCUGUGGUCGCAGCCAGCCCUCCCUCUCAAGGGGGCUCAAGUGACUCAUCGGAUGAGAAUGGUGGUGGUAGUCCAAUUAAUAGAGGCCCUGGACUCUUUAGUAAUCCAGGUCAACCCCUCCAUAACAUGCAGAUGUACCAACUCUGGGCUGGCCAAACUCAACAGUGAGGAUGCUUCCCCCUUUAACAGUUCAGUGCGCUGGGUUAUUGACUCAGAUAUUCUUCUGCGUAGUGGGUAGAGCUGAAUUCCAAAAGCUAACAAAAUGCAUUAUUUGAAGCAGAUGGAGAGGUGUCUAUUUCAAGUUCUCUAGAUCGGGUUACUUGUUUUUAUUUUUUCGAAGUUAGUCUUCGUUUUUUCCCCUACAACAUAAUUAUAAAAAAAAAGAUGGCUAUUGUUCAUAGCUGAGGGAAUGCCACCUGAUUUUUAGGAUGUCAUCACUUCAAAUUGCUUUCUAAGUAUUUUAGAUCUAUAUAUGUCUUUCCUGUUAGUAGUUUAUGGACUUCUAAUGAGAUUUAUAGCAGUUUUUUCAGUAGA